CGAGGUGAAAUGUUAACUCAUUUAUUUGCACUUUGGUAGUUUAGUAUAAUGGUACUUAAGCUAGGGGUCGGACCCCUCCAAAGGGUCACCAGAUAAAUCUGAGGGAUGAGGAGAGAAGAUCUGCACAAAUUAAGUUCUGUUUUUUUUUUUUUUUUUACUUUUCUCAUUUCUGGACUUUUUGGGCCUCAAAUGGUUAUUUAAAUGAAAUCAACUCCAAUGUUAGAAGGGGCUGCAAUUAGACACAGCCUUUUUGUAAUCUUUGCAUGACUGCUUUGUAUUUUAUAAGAUUACCGUAGUCCGUUUUAAAUGUGAAAUCUUAAUCUGAAAUACGCAAGUAAUAACCUCAAUGGUGUGCUUAAGUACAGCACAUUAAUACAUGUUGCUUUCCACCGCUGGGUGCUGCAAGCUUAGAAACUAAAUAUCAGUGUGCUCAGAAUUGGUGUGACAGAAGAGCACUUACCUUUCGGUAUGUUCUGAGAUUGCAGCAGACUUGAAGUCUAGAUAUUUGGGCCCGUUCCGAGGCUCCAGGCUGCUACAUGUUGGAUUAACAGAUGCCACUUUGUGUUGGAGUGAGAUAGGCCUGUUGGUCUAUUGAGGCAGCACACAGGUGCAUAAUGGCGAAGUAAAAAUGAUGGAAGAAAAGUGAUGGUUUGUGAAGAGCCGCGUUCUCAUUAUAAUUGAACAAUUUGUAGCUGUUGUAGGAUUAGUUUAUUUUCCUUAAACUAAUACACACACACACCAGUGUCCCUUGAUUAAAUUGCGCCCCGCGUGCUCUUAGUGCACUCGGGCUGUUUAUUUGUGCGUGCAAUGGUUUUUCCUCCGCCGCUGAAGUGUCUCGGUAAUCCCCCUUUUAUUGUGAAAGGUUAUUCUCCGCAUGCUCCGAGCUCUGUCUAUAAAGAUUAGCUAUUCCUGGAAAGACUUCCAUUUGCCUCUCAUUAUCAGACUUCUGUUACCUUCUGUCGGUCAGGCAGCUACGAGCACCUCUCCUCCACCUAAGGUGAAGAGGAAGUGCUCUGUGUCAAUCAUUUUAACACGGGAGGGUCUAAAAUGGCAGUUCAAUGGCAGAUAAUCCUGAGACUAAAGUUUUUACUGUGUGUGUGUGUGUGCUGCCCAGCAUGGGAUUUCUAUCCACAGGUAGGCCAGAUGCUACCUGUCAUCUCCAUUCAAUCAAUGUAAUCACUGACCUUUGCAGCAACAUGGUUGUUUGCAUAUGGUAUCAGGGCCAGAGGGAGUACCAGAAAUCAAGACGAGUGAAUAGAUUGUAGGGCUUUGUUUUUCUCCUUCCAUCACCACCACCACCUAAUCCCCUCUAUAAUGAAAAACCGAAAGAGGCAAGCUAGGGACAGAGGUGUUAGAAGUCCAUAUUCCUCUUUUUCACUGUGCACCUGUGUGUGUGUGUGUGUGUUCUAUGAUCUCCUGGCUGAUACAGUAUCAGCAUAGAGCAGCUGUGGUGAAACAGUUGCAGAAAGAGGAAGCUCUAACAGUUACCACACAGUGAGUGAAUCUGCAGUAUGGGCUUCCCUCUCAAGCCAACUUGCAAUGUGCAGAGGAUUCCUGGGGACACACAGCUUUGGUCUACUGACGGUUAUCUGGGAGUCGGACAUGCACAGAGGUGUGAAGGAGUGUCUGUCCUCUUAUUCAGAUCUUUUAAGUAAAAGCAGCAACACAAAUUGCACAUUUACAGAGUUUUGUCUAGUCGAGGUGAACCACUUUAGAUGCUGUUUGUAUAAAAAAGAAGAUACAUAUUUUAUUAAAUGCUUGUAAUGAAUGUAAUAAUAUAGCUGUUGAAUAUUGUUGAGUAAAACUUACAAUAUUUUAAAAGUAUACUGUAGCAUGAAAUGGAAGUACUCAGCUCAAAAUACUCAAAAGUACCUCAAAAUAUAAAUGCAGCACUUGAGUAAAUUGCACCUCUACCUCGGUGUUGACAUAUCAAGAGUUCACUGGUUUGGCUUCAACGAGGGCCUACAAGCAGUGGUGGAUUAAGUACUCAGAUCUUUUACUUUAGUAAAUGUAGCAAGACCGCAGUCUAGAAAUACUAUGUUAAAAGUGAAAGCUCUGCAGCUGAAAGUGCUCAUUAUGCAGAAUUCUCCAUUUCAGAGUGAUAUAAAACUAGUUCCUGAUGCAUUAAAUUAAUUUGAUACUCGGAGCAUCAAUAUAGCAGCAAACCACUAUUACAUACGUAUGUGAAUACAUAGUGGGUAAUGUCUACCUGAGCAGAGAAUGAAGUCACUCUGUGCUUUGUAAUCCAACCUCUGUGCUUUGUUGACAUAGCCGGGCCGGCCGCGCGUGCUUUUAGUGCAUGUUCAAUCAUUUGAGCGUGCCCCACUGGUUAGCUCGCGGCCGCCACUCUGCACCGUGUUCAUAUGUUUACAGCUGAUGAGGCCGUCCUGACCUACGGUGUCGUCGCGGAAGCAUACAGCACCCACCUUCCGCUUCCCCCCUUCAGGUAAACACUGCUAGCUCUGUCUUUUGAACUUUGUUUGCUCCGUUAGCGCUGUAAACUCCGUUAGCGCUGUAAGCACCGUUAGCCGCAGGCUGCCUGCUCAGCCGUCGCCAUGUUGAGAGCCCUUUAGAGGCAAUAGAAAUGCUCCAAUCUCGUAUAGAGCACCUUUGAUAUUGCAGUUAACUUUGGGGUGAAUUCAAACUACUUUAUAUGCUGUGCAGUAGCUUAAUCUAUAAUAAUCCUGAACCUCAAAUUGAUUUUAUGUAUUAAUUACCUGAAUCUAGAAACUAGUGGCUAAAGCUGUCAGAUAAAUGUAGUGGAGUAAAAAACAUAUUUGCCUCAGAAGUGUCAAGUGGCAUAAAAGGAAAUACAAGUACUUGAGAAAAUGUACUGAGUUACUUACCACCACUGCCUCUCUGCCUACAGUAUAAGGAGCAUUUAUACAGGUAUAUUUCCUCAAUAUGCAGGAUGCUGCAUCUCAUCAAGAGCUUGUAUUCAUCUGCAGUGAGGGCAUGCAUAACACAAGAAACACAUCUUGCGCUCUUAUCUUUGCUGAGAAAUCGUCUGGAGUUUCUUUGAAUGAAAAAUUGCUAAUGCAUCCUGAAAACACAAUUCAUAACCUCAAUUUACAAUAACUAAACAGGCUGUAUGAUUACUUUUGGGAUAGAUAUUAGUAAUUUCUUAAAUAUCACACCACAUUUUAAGUGUCAUUUCAAAAUGUGUCUUUACCUUCAGCAGCCUGGCAGAGAUUGACUUUAAACAUUUUGGCCUGUGAAUGCCCGGGUGGAGGUAUCAGUCGUUGAAAUACCGGCUAUUUAGUGGCAUUAACCAGAAAUAGGCUGCUGAUAUUGGUUGAGUGCUUUCUUGUCUUGUAUUGAAAGUCAUUAGUUCUUCAGAAGUGGAAAUGGAGUAUUGAUACGCUACUCUGUACAUGGGUCCUAAUUGUUGUGGUUUGGUUUUAAAUUGUACUGUAAUUGAGGAUGGAUACUGCAUGAUGUAUGAUAGAGGUUAAUGGCUUUCAGUUAGCUUCUGAACUAAAACAGAUUGGAAAAGUGGGAUUAGAAAGUUGUCAGAUAGCCAAACAGACAAAACUGCAAAAUAACAAAAACAUCAGUUAGUAUACCUAAAGAAAUCUACAACACAAACACAUUUUGUCUCACCGUUACAUUCUAAAUGCAAGUUAUUUACAACUAAGCCUCAAGAAAAGAGGUAAAUAUCUGCGGUAUUUGUGCAAGUAAAGAGUGAUACUGAUAUUUUUGAUAUUGCUGUAUCAUGUCCUUCUUUUAGAGGAAGUACAACGAUAUGAAUCUACAUGUCACUUAGAUGUUUUCCAUAAUCAAGUUCAUCAGCUUGAAAAACCUCUACAGUAAAUUGUGAAUAUCCUCAAGCCAAUACAGUCAUAUGUGUACUGUGUGUUACAGCAGCUUAUCUCAAUUUACUUUCUCCACAUUCAGGAUGUAGCCCAACUUUUUUUUUUUUUUUUUUGGGGGGGGGCAAUUACCCCAAAAAAGGAAAAAUGGGGGUAAAUGCACCCCUGUCCUAAAGCUGAUGGAGGCCCAAUCAAUAACGACCCCAUCACAUGUUUUCCUUCAGAUUCCGAGCAGGCUUCUUUAAAUGUUAGCUCUAAGUUUAGACGGAUGCACAGAGGUGGGGCUGUCGUGUCACACUUUCCACACUGGAUGUUAUCACAACAGUCCAUCACACACAGUAGUAGUGUCUCGUGUCUCUUUAAAUGCGGGUUGCGUAGAUCCUUCAUGAAUGAAACCAUGUGAUCCAAACAUCAUUUGACGUCUGGCGCCUCCGACCAUAGACUAAAACAAGCGACGAAGGAGUGGAUAUAUGUAGACCUGCGAAAAGGCGUGAGCGGAAAAAAAACAUUUCUCCAACAGUCUCUCCACACCGGGUCGACCAACCAUCGGCGAACCCCCGACCUUCGAGGGCGAAAGUCGCUUGGUUUGACUUCUGGUGAGUCAGCUUUUGUCGAAAUCAAAACCUUUUCUAAAUUCCUUAAAAAGUGCUGAAUAUAGAGGUGUUGUUUUGCUGAGUGUGCGCGGCCACCGCCGCUGCCGUGCCGCCGCGGCCGCCGCCACCGCCGCGCUUGUGUUGCCGCUUGUCCCGGCGUGCGCCGCUGCCGCUGAACUCACAGCAACACCGCUUGCCGUUUAAAGGGCAGCAGUCUGGUAUAGUGCUGAAUCAUCACGGUCCAGUCCUCAUACCAGACCCGCACAUGCCGUUCCGAGAGACCUAGUCGGUCUGAGCGGACAGCCACGCCGACCGACCAACCGGCGCGUUUUCGUAAUAACGCAGACAAAGGGGAUGCACUUCGCGUACGGCUGUCAGGCUUAAAAAGAAAGAAAGAGAGAGAGAGAGAGAGAGAAGCCAUGUGUCGGAAUUAAGAGACCGUGCGGGGAGUCCGAGAGCAGGUCGGCUGUCUGUGCUCUUACGGUCGGGGGUUCCCUUGUUGUGUGGCUACUAAAUGGCUAGACCUUUAGAAAGGUGAACGUAUAGCUGGGGGGGCGGGGGGGGGGACCCUGGACGUAGAGUAACAACUUAGGACAGCAACAUCAACACACCGUGAGCUUCUGUCCUCUCCGCCGGGGUGCUGAAGCGGCAGCGGCGGACACACACAGAAGCCUCUCCCGCUGUCGCUUCACACACGGACUCGUCUGUCGCUUCUUCACAGGUCUGUUCAGAAGAGCAAGGCACUUGUGGCAUGACGACGACUAACAAAGGAAAUAAAGCCUUGAAGGUGAAGCGUGAGCCGGGGGAGAAUGGCACCAGCCUCACAGACGACGAGCUGGUGACCAUGUCGGUGCGGGAGCUGAACCAGCACCUCAGAGGGCUCACCAAAGAUGAGAUCCUGCAACUGAAACAACGGCGGCGCACCCUGAAGAACCGGGGCUACGCCGCCAGCUGCCGGGUGAAGCGAGUCACCCAGAAGGAGGAGCUGGAGAAGCAGAAGUCCCAGCUGCAGCAGGAGGUGGACAAACUGGCCAACGAGAAUGCUUCCAUGCGAAUCGAGCUGGAAGCUCUGAGGUCUAAGUACGAGGCAUUACAGACCUUUGCCAGGACUGUGGCACGGAGCCCAACUGUCGGGGUCGGGGUGAGGGCCGGAGGGGUCGGAGGAGGGGGAGGGAUGGCGUCAUCAGUCAUUGGUCCACUCAUACCGGGGAAGAUGGCAACAGCCACGAGUGUAAUUACAAUAGUGAAGUCAAAAACAGAUGCUCGGUUUUGAGGGAGGGAAAGACAGGUGAGGGUGUGUCGGGAUGUAAUCCUUCCUCUCUGCUGGCCACCUCUCCUCCACCUGCACUGAGGUCAAACUGCUAGGCAGUCUCCACCACGUGGCCUCAGCAUGUUCCUGUCACCUGUCUCAGAUCAGUGCAGGUGGAGGAGAGGAUGGAAGCAGAGGAAGAUUAUUGAGACUAUAAAGAUGGAAGUCCUUGGUCAGCGCAUGAUCAUCUAGCACAGGACAGAUACACAGACUUCCUACGGUCACUGAAAACCUGGAAAAGUCAAAUUAUUUGAGAUUAGUUUUAUUCCAGGCCAGGGGGGGAAAUGUCAAUACCUCAAAACACUCAAUCGUGCAAUUUUGUUCAGUUACGUCAGUCAAGUGUUCAGUGUCACGUUUUACUGCUGGUAGAUCAAGAUAUCUGUAAAUUCAUAAUAAUCCCGUUACACACUAGAUUUGAAGUGUUCGUUUUCCCGAACCAAGAUGUAGAACGUUUAAAUUCUCUAGACCAACAGAAAUAUUCUAACACAUGCGUUGCAUAUGUAUUAGACUGAAAAAAAAAGAUGCUAUUAAUGUGUUGGUUAUAGAGUGUUGGGUCCCUGAGCUCCAAAAGAAUUCACAAGAUUUCCUGUGACCCGUUGAUUUCAGUGGCUGAAGAGAAGUCCCAUCAUGCUCGACCCUAGCCAAGAGCCUUUUUCACAAAAGAACUAUAUAU